AUGGAGAAGAAGUUUGGGAAGCAGAGUCGUACUACUCCUCCUCCCACUACUACUACUGCUCUUCCCACUACUACUACUGCUCUUCCCACUACUACUACUCCUACUCCCACUACUACUACUCCUACUCCCACUAGUACUACUCCUCCUCCCACUACUACUACUGCUCUUCCCACUACUACUACUGCUCCUCCCACUAGUACUACUCCUACUCCCACUACUACUACUACUCAUGCUCCCACUACUACUCCCACUACUACUACCACUACUACUACCACCUCCACCAAGCCUCCGCUGAACUGUAUUCAUGGGCAUAAUGAGAGUGGCGUCUGUGUCUGUGAUGAUGAGUGGACGGGGAAGAACUGCUCAGAGGAAAAUUUCUGCACUGAAGCAACUUUAGGGAGAUUCAGAUUUCCAAAGACAACCAUUGGUUGGUUUGCGUACUCAGAGGAACAAUGUGGCAAAGAUACAGUUUCAGCUGGUAAACCCCAGGCUUCUACCAGAUGUUUGAUCAGGGAUGGAAAACCUCAGUUUGAUGACCCACCCCGGGUCCUUCGAUGUGAACAGACGCUCAGCGACAUUCAAAGAAACCUCACCAGUUCUGCAGACCUGGAGGUACUGGCAUCCAGCGCUCAGCUUCUGACGUCCAGACCUGAAGGUCUGAAACCUGAAGACAUCACCAUAGCAACUCAGAUUGCCAACACGUUGCUGCUGUCGCCAAAUGCCUCAGAGACCGUCAGGGUGGCAGCAGUUACUACCAUCAGUCAGCUGCUCAACGCCACGGAGUCCGAUGAGAAGGAGGAAACCAACACGUCUCAGAGCUUGACGUUGACCCUGGAUCAGCUCUCUGUGAACCUCAGCCUCACCAGCAACACGUCCCAGCUGGUCCAACCGAACCUGGUGGUCCAGUCGGCUCAGAUUCCAGCGUCGGACACCCAGGGAGUCCAGUUCACUGCGUUGGCAGGGCGGUCUGGCAGUUUUGUAGCCAACAGAAUUCGGUUGGACACCAACGUGUCAAAGGUCACCGUGGACGAGGAUUUUAUCGCUGACGCGCUGGUUUACAUCCGCUUCCCAUCAGGCAGAGGGGCUGAAAGGCGCCAGCAGGGGUCCAACGUCUCUCUGGGCUUCGUCCUCUACCAGAACAGCCGCUUCUUCCCGUCCAGGAUCUACAGGAGGCGGCGGGCCAGCCUCAGGGUCCUGUCAGCCAGCAUCGGGGGUCCAGACCGCAGUGUGGUGGCGGAGACUGUGGAGAUGCAGUUCAGAGUAAAGCUCCUACUUAAUACAUCUCUGCACGACUUCUCCUGCGUCUUCUGGGACUACGGCAAGCAGGACUGGAACACCCACGGCUGCCACAAGGGGAACGCUUCAGACGGCGUUCUCAGAUGUUCCUGCAACCACACCACCAACUUCGCAGCUCUCUGGUCUUUCAGAGAGGACUAUAAGUAUGCAAAAUCCCUGAUGAGGAUCUCCAUCGUGGGUCUGUCUUUCUCCAUCCUGGGCUUGGUUAUCACCAUCAUCCACCACCUGAAAGAGACUUUUCAGAUGAAAUCUGGUCAAAAACAAACCAAGCUGAACUCCAAGACGUCUCUGCUCUGCAUCUGCUUCAGUCUGCUGGCCUUCAUCAUCACCUUCCUGUCUGGAGUCCAGAACCUCAGACAGGACUACGAUACCAAGGAGCCGCCCAGCGAUCAGAACCAGAUCCUGGACUCUGAGAAGUCUGUGGUGCCGGAUUCGGGCUCCUGCACGGCCGUGACGGCGCUUCUGCACUUCUUCCUGCUGGCCACCUUCUCAUGGAACAGUUUGUACGGCACCCAGGUGGUUCUGCUGGUCCGAUCCAUGCAGCGCAGCCUGCCCUCGUACUGGACCGGGCUCAGCUGGGGAGUCGGAUGGGGAGUCCCAGCCGUUGUCACGGCGAUCACCCUGGCAACGACCUACCGGGUGGAGAACCCGCUGGCAUACAGACAGGAGGAGUUCUGCUGGCUGGCCGCUCUGGACCAGAAGAAACACUUCAGCUUUGGGAAGCCCAUGUUCUGGGCCUUCCUGGUGCCGCUGGGCCUGGUUCUGCUCUACAACACGGUUCUGCUGGGCCUCGUCUCCCUCACCACCUGCAGGGUGGAUCGCAAGCUCACCAGCACCAAGCGCUCCUCCCUGGCCCAGAAGUUCCUGGUCAGCUUCUCUCUGGCGGUUCUGCUCGGUCUGUCCUGGACUCUGGGCUACCUGGUCCUGGUUACCGAGAAAACCACUCACCUGGUCUGGAGCAUCCUGUUCUGCCUGUGUACCACCACCCAGGGCCUGCAGAUCUUCAUCCUGUUCACGGCCAGAACCAGAAGCUUCCGGGUCGCAGUGGGCCGGUCCGCUCACUACGUCUCCGUCGCCGGGUUCACCCUCAGGUCCACAACGUACUACCUGUGGAAGAACCGGGCCGAGACCAGAACCUCAGACAUGUACAACACAAAGGACCGGGACACCAGCAUCUAGAGCCAGGAACCGGGCCAGAACCAACAACUACAACCAGGGACCGGACCAGAACCAACAACUACAAUCAGGAACCGGGCCAGAACCAACAACUACAACCAGGGACCGGACCAGAACCAACAACUACAAU